UUUAAAUAGAAAGGUUAAACUGAAUACUUUUAUAGAACGAUAUCUCAAGGAAUACGCAUUGUGUUUUCUUCACUGCAAAAGAUUGUCUCUCAGGGUUUACGUACAUCUAUAAUUCAAGAAUCAUCAUGGCCAAAAGUCUUUCCGACAGCUAUAUAAAGGUUAAAACAGAAGAGGAAAAGGUGGAUUUUCUUACUAUUGUUGACUGUUUGAGACAUUAUUCAAGUAUUCAGGGUGAUAUAGAGGCUGUUGUCUUUGCAUCUACGGAUGGUACCAGGCAGGCUGUUACAUGGAGAGAGUUGUACAAUAAUUCAAUAAGUGUGGCGAAGUCGUUUAUUCGUCUUGGUGUGAGGGAAAUGGAGGUUGUUGCUAUAAACAUACGGAAUUGUCCGGAAUGGCUUUACGCAAAUUUUGGAGCUAUAAUUGCCAGAUCAAUUCCAAUCAGCGUAUCGUUUACGUACGUCGACGGAAGUGACCUUGUAGCGUUGAUGGAAAAAUUGCAGACUUGUUCACUACUGGUCAUGGAUCCAGGUCUGCUAAAUGUCAAUUGGGAUAUCAUCACAAGAAUCAUAGACACAUACAGAGAAAAUGGUACUGUAAAAAGUGUGCAAAUCCCAUACCUUCGAUAUUUGAUAGGCGUUUCGUUUGAUGAUGUUGACGCACACGUUUUGAAAUUUGAUGACCUUAUUAAAGAUAUCAAUUCGGACAUAGUUCUUCCAAGUUUAAGCUCAAAAGACACGGUAUCGCUUUUCCAAACAUCCGGAAGUACUGGAGUACCAAAAGUAGUGGCUCAUACACACGAAAGCUUUUUAAUAGGUAUCACAGCGAAACUUGUUGAGCACAUGGACCCAAAAUAUAAACAAUUCAACGAUCGCCCAUUUGCAUGGCUUGGUGGAUAUCCUUUAUCAGUUAUCACAGGGCAAACAAGGGUCACGAUUUCUGGAUUUUGCAAACCUCCAGAAGACAGAGUUUCAUUUAUGAUAGAUGUGAUUGAACGAGAGAGAUGUUCAUCAGUAUUUGCACUGCCUCCUUUGAUGCAUGAGCUAAUUAAACGACAGAAUGAUCUACCCUCGGAUUGGCCGGUGACAAUUAUCAUGAGUGGCGGUCAGCCUAUGACGAAGAGUACCGUUUCUUGCGUUGGGAAGUGUUGUAAAUGUCUUCUUUGCAUGUACGGUAGUACAGAGUUCGUCUGCCUGGCGAAAAAUUUGGUCACAGACCCCGAAGACUUCACAGAAUACUCAUGUGGAAAACCAAUACAGUAUCCUGGAUUGGAAAUAAAAAUUGUCAAUGGCGAUGGAAAUAUUGUUCCGGUCAAUGAAAGAGGCGAAAUAUAUUGCCGUUCACCUGUAAUGUUCAAAGAAUAUUUCAACGACCCAGUAAAAACCAAGGCCUUUAAAUCGGAUGAUGGAUGGUUCAGAACUGAUGAUAUAGGCAGAUUAACCAAAUGUGGAGAACUUUUUGUUGAAGGUCGGAAGUCCAACAUGAUACUUUCAGGUGGAUUUAACGUAGCUCCUGAAAUUCUGGAACAAGUGAUGAAGAAUUUCCCCGGUGUUGAGUCUAUAGUAAUCGUACCUGUCCCUGACGAUAUUUACUUCCAGGUAUUGUGCGCAUGCGUUGUGAAGAAAGCAGGAAAUGACGUUACAGAAGAAGAGCUGCGAAAAGUUUGCUCUAAUUACCAUGCCGACAAGCCAGGGUUAUUCACAGUCCUUCCAAAAUUUUAUUUGUUCUUUGAAAAAUUUCCAGAAACAAGCACUGGAAAGCUGAAUCGAAGAGAGCUUGAAAAGAUUGCAGCUCAGCGUUUCAAAUCUACGUCGUAGAUAUUUAGUAUGUUGUUUUAUUAUAUUAAGACUUUUUUUUAAGACAAUGUUGCAGCUUUUAUCGACAUGUUUAUUAUUAUGAAUCUAUUAAAAAUAUGCCAUAUUUGGAAUUACAAUGUACAUUGACAGACGUGUCCUUGUUUUCU